AUGGAUUCAGACCAGAUGCCAUACUUGGUAUUGUUAAUGAAAAAUAAGAAUGAUAAAUACGGUCUCUUCUUUAAUUGUAAGAAAACAUUAGAAUUUAUUGGUCACAGAUCCAAAAACUCCAUUUUCAUUAGAAAGGUUUGA